CUCGUUUCUGAGCGCAUCACAACCAUCCAUCUCUCUCUCUCAUCCGUUCCAUUCAAUUCAUCUUCGCAUUCGGCUCCAACGAAGAGGUAGGUGGAUUCGGGGUGGCUGCACCGAGCAUACGUUCGUUAUCUGAGGCCUUUGGGAAUAGCAGCGCACCGGUUGAAUGAACAUGACAUAAAGAGAGAGAGAGAAAGAACGAGCGGAGGGGGGUUUUUGGAAAGUCAUCUCAUCCUCUCUCAACCUCUUUCUUCCUCUUCCUCCGAUUCACAUCUCACGACGCUCUUUCUCUCGCAUAUUCUCUCACCUGGCACGACCAUUCUCACAUUCAUUUGGGACGGACUCCGGUCACCUACACUCGUUUCAAUCCACUACUUGACGAACCCUCGUCUACGCUCUCACAAUGCCUCUCAUGGUUGAUCCAUCGACAGGCGCAGUGAUCCAAGCUCUGGCAGCUGGUCCCUCGGCUGCCCCAUCAGUGAUGACGUUCACUGCCUCUAAUGUCGACGCUACGCCUACCGAGCUGGUCUCGGCUGUGCUUAGUGGGUCAUUGGCUGCUGCCACGACACCGACAUCAAUCGUCACCCAUACAUCUGCAGCCUUGGCUGCUGAUGCCUCGUCAAAGAUCAAGGAAAUCAUGGAAAAGGAGACCAUGGAUCAAUUAGCCCUGAGUAGCUCCAUGCCCAAAUACCUUCUCUUGGCAAUGCUCGGUCUACUCCUUUUCAUCAUGCUGUUCCUGCAUCCUCGUUUCAUCGCUAGGGUGUUCGCAACUCGACGUUAUCGAGCACCAUCCAAAGGCGAUGACCCCUCCAAGCCUCGUCGCGCAGGAGGUGGAGAUCUAGAAAGGGGUUGGCUUUUGUGGUCUGGAAAAAGGAUCGUCGCAGAUGAUUCAUCUUCUGGUUCAAUCGCCAACUCUGAUUCGAUCAAAGGAUGGACGCCCCCUCCUUUCGCCUCUGGUAAUUAUCCACGGAACAGCUUCGUGGGGCCAACUCCCAGUACCACGCCCGCUGCCACUUUGCUACCUCCACCGCACAUGCGACCCAUCUCCAACAUUGUCCCGUUCACCUCGGCUCUCAUGAUGGCUCCUUUCGCUCGAUUUCCUUACCGAUUUGGAACGUCGCUUAGGAUACCGCAAAUUGCCGUCGUCUUAAUCUACUUUGUCCUCGUUGCAUUCGCCAUGAUCUGGAAAUCAGACGUCGACGCCUCGAAACCUGGUUCAGGAUACGGGAGAGACUUCAUGCGCACAGGUUGGAUCGCCAUGUCUCAGAUUCCCAUCGUCAUGCUCUUCGGCGUUCGAGCCAAUUUGGUCGGACUAUGCGUCGGAAAAGGCUAUGAACGACUCAAGGUCUUUCACAAGAUUGUCGGCAGAGUCAUUUUCCUCGCCUCUGCCCUUCACGUCGGAUUCUUCGCUUGGAAACUGGCUGCAUUUCACAAGCCGCUCAAUCUAUCCACGGAAGCUUUGAGAGGGGGUCUCGCAGCUUGGAUAGCCGUGCUGGUCAUUGGCAUUACCUCUGUACCCUGGUUGAGACAAAGGUUCUACACUGUUUUCAAAGCGUCACACUUUGCUGGUAUGAUCGCCCUGCUCGUUGGACUGGCUUUCCACGUCAAGGUCGCCAAGCCUUGGUGCCUCGCCUCGGCCAUCAUCUAUACCGUUUCGCACAUUUUCUCUCUCUGCAAGACCCGUUUCGCCGUGGCGGAACUGGUUGCUCUACCAAACGACACCACACUCGUCACUAUCCCAAGCAUCUGUACUGGCUGGCGGGCAGGUCAACAUGUCCGAAUUCGCAUCCCUGGUAUCGGUAUCGAGGGUCAUCCCUUCACCAUCGCUUCCGCACCCGAUGGAGAAGGCAUGAUCCUCCUCUGCAAAGCAGUCGGCGGCUGGACCCGCAAACUGCACGGAUACGCAUCAUCAGUGGACGCUGAGCAAGGCACUCGACGGGCGACGAUCAUCGUUGAAGGACCUUAUGGAGGCUUAGGCAACACCCUUGUCCCUUCCUUCAGCUCUGUCUUGCUCGUCGCUGCUGGUAGCGGUAUCACCCAUUCUCUAUCCCUCGCACAUGAUUUGAUCAUUCGCGCCCCGACAGGUGUCGUUCGUGCCAGAGCCAUCGACCUCGUCUGGAUCGUCAAGAACGAAGAGCAGGCUUCUCCUCUAUUCCCUACGCUUCUAGAACUCGUCAAGGACGCCAAACGAUUUGAAGAGAAAUGUCUGGCCUCGCCUGAAAAUCCUGUCCCUGUGGCUCUCCGAAUCAAAAUCUAUCUCUCACGCUGUCCCGAUUCUUCGCCGCUGCCACUCUUGAGCUUGUCAUCGAGUCAAUCUACACUCUCUGAGGAUCUUGAAAAAGGUGACCUCGUCCGCUCCAACAGCGGUUCCAGGCGAUCCUUAUCGGACAUCUCGGUCGAACGUGGCAGACCUGUAUUUGAUACGCUUCUCGAGGGUAUAGCCGAUGAAGUCAUUGAUCGGUCGACCAAACGCCAAAUGAACCCCUGUGGAAUCUGUGUCGCUGCGUGUGGACCAUCAGCGAUGAUCAACGACGUACGUGAUACCGUCAGGCGUCUCGAUAGGGUCAAAUUCAAGGGCGUCGGUGGAGUCGAAUUGGCAGAAGAACAAUUUGGUUUCUAAAGUGUUUCAGGCCAUUGGCUUUUCACUAUAUUUAUGUACGGCCAUAUUUGGGGUCGUCUUGUAACACAUAUAGCAUAGACAUGAACACAUUGCAUAAUGCGCUCUGGGC